CGAAUUUGCGUUGCCCUCACCGCUAACAUGACAAGCCUGGCGGCGCUUCUGCCGCACUUCCCGCCAGUCGACUUCGCCAUGGGCUAUGGUUCUGCCGUGUUCCAACAGGCCGGUCACGAUGAUUCUACCUCCAUGAUCGACUUAGUCUUGGCAGUGGAGGACCCGCUUGCGUGGCACACGGAGCACUUGCAGCGACAUCCAGAGCACUACUCGGGCAUCAAGCUCUUUGGACCCAAGGCAAUCGUGUACGUGCAAGAACAUUUUGGCGCCGGCUGCUACUACAAUACACUGGUUCCUGUUCCCGGCUCAUCGCAAUUGAUGAAGUAUGGGGUCGUCAAGACCAGCACGUUGUGCCAUGAGCUCACUGCCUGGCCCACGCUGUACUUGAGCGGCCGCAUGCACAAACCCGUGAACAUUUUCAAGACGAACGUCGAGAUCGACAAGGCAGCAUCCAUCAACUUGACGAACGCGCUGCAUUUAGCGAUCCUUGGCCUCCCGGAAACAUUCACGGAAGAACAGCUCUUCAUGAAAAUUGCGGGAAUUUCGUAUUGGGGUGAUUUCCGCAUGGUGUUUGGCGAGAAUCCGAAAAAAGUGCGCAAUAUUGUCCAUGGCAGCAUGGAAAAGUUCCGAAAGCUGUAUCAAAACAAAAUCGACACGUCACCAUUUUUGAACCGCCUGCACGGCUCAAACCUGCAGAGCGACGUCAGUCCCGUCGCACGGGAAGCGAUGCUCCUUGGGUUGCCGCACAACAUCACGUCGCGGCUGAGCGAAAAGGCAAAGGUCAAGUUGACCCUGUCGCCCAAUGGCAAGAAAUUGAAACACGCGGUCAGUGCGGUUGUCGGCCAGUACAGCCGCACACAGAGCAUUAAGGGCAUUGCCACCGCCGGCGCGCUCAAGACCAUGGUGUAUAUUUGGCAAAAGCUCAGUCGAACGUACCUUCGCAAGUAGAAUUGUACAAUGUGGGUGUCCAAUGUUGUUUCAACGGUAUGUUGAGACGACUUGCACUCGUUGGUGGAUUCAUACUGGUAUGGAUCAAUCACUGUAAACUAACCCUCUUCAUCCUGCCAUUCGAUGCCCUAAUGUCACCGAAAGCUUCGAUGCUUCGAUAGCGCCGUGGUAGUUGUUGAUUUGCGUAUCCGGCGGAUCGUCCCAGUCAAGCGGGUGGGCAGGCUGAACUAUUGCUGUUG